AUGGCCGACUCUACACCAUCGGCAACUCAGGUUUUAUGUGACUGGAUCCACUCCCUGUCUCUUUCCGAAGUUCCUCCUGAGAAAGUCACAAGAUGCAAAUACUUGCUUUUGGAUGGACUUGCCUGUGCUCUCAUCGGCGCACAUCUACCCUGGUCUGGAGAUGCUCUGAAGGGAGUUCUUUCGAUUGAACCUGAGGGCAGCUGUAACAUCAUCGGAUGGGAAAAGAGAACUGGGCUGUUGGCAGCAGCUCUUCUUAAUAGCACGUUUAUUCAGGGAUUUGAACUGGAUGAUUAUCAUCGAGAAGCUCCGAUUCACUCUAAUGCCAUUGUCCUCCCAACUUUGUUGGCCACCCUUGAGCACUGCGAUGCAGAUCCAUCGGGAAAUGCCAUUACAGGAGCCCAGUUUCUACUUGCGGCCAUUGUGGGCUACGAGACAGGUCCACGAGUAGGCCUUGGUCUGUACGGUAUUGAGGUCCUGUCUCGGGGAUGGCACUCAGGAGCGAUAUUUGGCCCAGCCGCCUCCGCCGCGGCAGCGACGAAGCUGAUGCAAUUGCCCGCUUGCCUGAUUGAAGACGCCAUCGGUAUUGCUUGUACCCAGGCUGGCGGGCUUAUGUCUGCUCAAUACGAGAGCACUGUCAAACGCAUGCAGCAUGGUUUUGCGGCUCGAAAUGGUUUGUUCGCUGCAUUCAUGGCCCGUAGUGAAUAUGUGGGCAUCAAACGGGUUCUGGAGAGGCCCUAUGGUGGAUUUCUCAGUACGUUCAGUCUAGGCAAUGGAAGAACUCCCCGAUACCGACCCGAAAGAGUUGUGGAAGGGCUUAGUUCAAAUUGGGAAAUUGACCAAAUCAUUGUCAAGCCCUAUGCAUCAAUGGCUGCGACUCACGCCACUAUCGAUUGCAUCAGAGCACUGCAGGCUAAGUACCCCAAGCGUUUUGUGGCGAGUCGCAUUCGCCGAAUCACUGUGGAGAUGUCAGAGCCUGCCUUCAAGAAGGGAGGUUGGGAGCCGGAAAAACCUCUCACCGCUACUGGCGCCCAGAUGAGUGCUGUCUAUGCGGCAGCUAUGCAGAUUCUGGAAGGAGAAGUACAACCGGCUCAAUUUGCACCCUCUAAAUUGGAAAGAGAAGACGUAUGGGAACUCAUGGAUAAGAUUCAAUGUGUGCAUAAUACAUCUUUCGACGGGACUGUGGAUGAGAUCUGGCAGCAGCGUCUCCAUGCAGAGCUAUGGGUGCAGGAAGACCAAGCAGGAGAGACCUUGACCCUUACCGAGUUUGUCGCAGCGCCGCGCGGCAAUUUGGUUCCUUUGUCGAAUGCAGAAAUACUCGAGAAAUGGCGACAUCUCACGAAGGAUGUGAUUGACCAAGAUCGACAAGCGGCUAUUGAGAAAUUGGUGCUGGGAUUAGACCAGGUGGAUGAUGUUCGCGUCUUGUCUCAACUACUCCGUGGUCGGACAGGGGAUCCUUUUGAUACUGGCCAUGAUCAAUAA